AUGCAGCAGCACCAGCAGCACCAACCGCAGUCGCUCCCGCCGCCGCUGCCACCGCCGCCGCCGUCGGCGGUGCCCAACGGCAUGCAUGGGCAAUCCCCGUCGCCCUCAAUGAGGCAUCAGCACAUGGCUGCCCCACGGUCGUCGACUUCAUCAAUCUCGAGCAGCAGGUUCACCCUCCCGGACAGGAACGUGACCGCGGACACCAUUGAGGAUGCCUACACCCACUUCGUUAUGUCCUGCAACCCGGCCGUCCCGCCCGACACGGACACGGCGGCGCUGCGGGAAGCUUUCCGGGUCCCGCCCAAGAGCGGCGGCAAGAGCUUCAGCACUUUCACCCUUUUCGAGCUCAUUAAGCAGUUGGAGACUAAGGAGAUCAAGACGUGGGCCGAGUUGGCGCUCAAGUUGGGCGUCGAACCUCCUGAUCAGGAUAAGGGUCAGAGUUCUCAAAAGAUUCAGCAGUAUGCUGUCCGGCUCAAAAUUCGGCCCAGGCGGGGGAGAAAACGCCCAGAGGACGACGAUUUCGCAAAGUCCCCUUCACAACGAGCGAGGUUGGACUCGCCGCCGACGGGGACGGGCUACACCGCCGCCCGACCAGAGACUUUGGGUCCGUGGUCCGCUCAUCCCGAUGGACGGGCUACCUUCGGCUGCUCUGAUCCUUUGAAGUUGAGCGCAAACACGGCAUCGGUGACGGGCUGGCCUCCGGCCCCUGACACAGCGCAGACGCCGCUCACGGCAUACCCACAGGGCCCGAUGUCUGCGCUCACGCCGUCAACGCGCAACGGCGGGUUCUGGGGUGAUGCGGAACCGAGAUCGGCUAUUACUCCCUCACGACCGAAGGCAUCUCACCGGCGGCACGGUGCCAAAGUCGUGUCCUCUGCGUGGAGGAGUGGCGGACCGGGAGGCAGCGGUAAGACUCGGGGGAGACCGCCUAUGAACAAAACGAACGUUGAUGGGCCAUUUGUGGCUUUUCCCGCCGAAGGACCUGCGUACAAAAGGCCAAGUCCCGAUACCAAGAUCGAGCCGGGCCCGAUUACACCCCCGGCGCCAAUACCUCAGACCGCACCAGCACCACCAGCUGCGGUCCCAGAUUUACCACAACCGCCGCAUAUACCGCGGCCGGCCAAGCCGAGUAUUUCACUACAAGUUCCGGAACGUCAAGGAGGAUCCGUUCGCCUCGCGACGCCGCCGCCUCCGCCGAUCGUGAUCGUCAACGGAGAACCCCCGGGCGAAGUGCCCGACAUAAUAAACUCGACAGCCGCAGCACCUCCAUUGGAAUUCCCGCCCGGCCACAACGCGGGUCUUCCCCCCGGCGCCAUACCACCAGUAGACCUGAAAGCGCAGACCGUCCUGCCGGUCGACCCGCCGCCCGCCGCCAAAGGCAGCGGCAUACCGCCGCAACCCAACGACAUCCCCAUCGGCAUGUUCGAGAACAUGAAGGACCGGACCAACAUCGACGCCGUCCUGGGCUAUUUCGCGCACGAGACGGCCAAUGGCGACUGGGUCGACGCGGACAACAACCCCAUCGAGAACUGCAGCAUCGCCGAGGCCUACGCGCUCGUGCACACAACGGUGGAGAGGAUGUGGCAGACGGCGCCGAACCAGGACGCCUUUCUUAUCAACCUCGCGGCGCUGGCGGGCGGCAGGGCGCUUAUGACGACGAGCAAGCUGCGGGUGAAGCGAGAAGAAGAAUACGAGGACCGCGCGACGUACAGCUGCAGCUGGGAGUUCCGGCUGGGGACGAUACGGGGCAACUACAACAUGGUGCAGACGGUCAUGUACAAUCGGUGGCGGCGACCAGAGGAGAAGCUGGAGAAACCCAACAUGAAGGGCACGGGCGGCGCCGAGUCGGAGUGGGAGAGGAAGUAUAGGGAUUUGUUGGCGCUCUCGGAGAAGAGGGAUAAGGAGAUCCAGGCUAUGCGGGCUGGGCUUACGGCGAAGCUGAACGAGACGUUUCAGGACGCCAAGGAUCUUGAGAAUAAGUGA